UCUUUUACUCGUUCUCUGUCUUCUUCGCCUUCUCUCUCUCUGUCUCUCUCCUUGAUGUUCUUCUUCAUGGGACCAUAUGGGUUUUCUAUAAUUUCUUGGGUUCCACUACUUUGACAAGUCCUGUUCUGCCGUACAGCUGAAGCAAUACAACGAAAAGGGAGAAUCUUUUCGUGUUCUUCCUGUCUGGGUUCAUGGGUUCUUGUCUCAGUUCUCGGAUCAAGGCCGAAAGUCCUCCCCGUAACGAAGCAAAUUCGAGCGAGAAAAGCAGCGAUCUGUACGGCCUAAGUCUUUCGAGCCAGAAAUCGUUAGUGAAAACAGAGGGAGAGAUUUUACAGUCUGCGAGUGUCAAAAGCUUCAGCUUCAACGAACUCAAGCUCGCCACCAGGAACUUCGGAACAGACAGCGUGGUCGGAGAAGGAGGCUUCGGUCCUGUUUUCAGAGGCUGUAUCGAUGAGGACACUCUUACUCCGACUAAACCGGGAACCGGUUUGGCCAUCGCGGUUAAACGGCUUAGCCGGGAAGGUUUUCAGGGUCAUCGUGAAUGGCUGACAGAGAUCAACUACUUGGGUCAGUUGAGUCACCCGAAUCUGGUUAAACUGAUUGGUUAUUGUCUGGAGGACGAACACCGACUUCUUGUAUACGAGUUUAUGCCCAACAGAAGCCUUGAGAAUCAUCUUUUCAAAAGGAGUUCGCUCUCGUGGAGAUUACGGGUCAAAGUAGCGGUAGAUGCGGCCAAAGGGCUCGCUUUUCUUCACAGCGAUUCCGUCAGAGUGAUCUACCGAGACUUCAAGGCUUCGAACAUCUUACUUGAUUCGGACUACAAUGCCAAACUCUCGGAUUUCGGGUUGGCCCGAGACGGCCCAAUGGGUGAUCAAAGCCAUGUUAGUACGCGGGUCAUGGGUACUUACGGGUAUGCCGCUCCUGAAUAUAUGUCCACAGGACAUUUGAACACGAGAAGCGAUGUGUACAGUUUCGGGGUGGUUCUGCUGGAAAUAUUGUCGGGUAGGCGAGCAUUGGACCCCAAUAGACCGGCUAAGGAAGAAAACCUCGUGGAAUGGGCUCGGCCUUAUCUCACCAGCAAACGGAAGGUCCUCCAAAUCGUGGAUAGACGGUUAGACGGACAGUAUUUGCCGGAAGAAGCGGUUAGAGUCGCGAGCAUAGCCGUGCAGUGCAUCUCCUUCGAACCCAAGUCUCGUCUAACUAUGGACCAGGUGGUAAGAGCCUUGCAAAGAGUGCAGGACAACUUUGGCAAACCGACCAAAACCGAACCGGUUAAAGGUACCGAAAAUUAGGAUUAAAAACCGGAGUCUGAUUCCUGAAAAAUUGGAUGUGCAGACAAAAACCCUUUAGGUUUUGUAGGUAUAGAACAUGUGGCAGUACUGUAUUUUGUACGAAUUUUCAGUGUAUUGUACGGAUUUCCAUGUAUUUUGUUGUAUUGAUCUUAAGAUUGAUGGAGACUGGAGUGAGUUAAAAGAGUGUUGUUGAUAUUUGUAAAA